AUGGCCAUGCAAGCGCGGCACCACUCCCUGUUCUUGGACGAGUACGCCGGGUGCGUGCCAACGUCGCCGGCGGUGGGGAUCGGGGACACGCCGCUGCUCAGCGACUUCCCAGGCAGCGAGCUUAACUUCGAGCGCUACGGUUUCUUGACGAGGAAGCGGGCGCGCAUGGCGCCGGCCGGGGGUCUCUCGGAGGAUCAACGCGUGGUUCUGCCCCCGACGUCGGUGAUGCAGGGGCUGGUGCAACUACCAAUGACACCCAGGAACCUGAUGGGCUCCGGCGCGGCGGCGUCCACAAGUGGGAGUGGGAGGGAGAUCGACGCGCUGAUAGGAGUCGAGAGCGAGAGGAUGCGCGCGGCGCUGGAGGCGGCGUGGCGGAGGCACGCGCGGGCGCUGGUGUCCGCCGUGGGGCGAACAGCGACGGGGCGGAUGCGCGCGGCGGAAUCCGAGCUGGACCGCGCGCUGCGGCGCAACGCGGAGCUGGAGGAGAAGGCCCGGCAGAUGGGCGCGGAGUGCCAGGCGUGGAUGGGCGUCGCCAGGAGUCAAGAGGCCGUCGCCGCCGGCCUCCGCGCCUCUCUGGACCAGCUCCUCCUCCAGUCGCCCUCCUGCGCGGCCGCCGCUGCGGCGUCGGCGACCGGCGGCGGCGCCUGCGAGGCCGAGGACGCUCGGUCGUGCUGCUUCAAGGCUCCGGCGUCGGCCGUGGACCACAGGGGGGCGCAGGUGGCGGCGGGGAAGGCGUGCAAGUCUUGCGGCGGCGGCGAGGCGUGCGUGCUGCUGCUCCCGUGCCGGCACCUGUGCCUGUGCCGCGCCUGCGAGGCCGCCGUGGACGCGUGCCCCGUCUGCGCCGCUGCCAAGAACGCGUCGCUCCUUGUCCUGGUCUCUUGA